GACAGUCCACCGCAUCUAGGGACCCAGGGAUGAGUGGAUCCUGGAGGGGUCCCCUGUGCCUUCUUGCUACACAGCUGUCUUGCUUCUUCCUACCCCGUCCCCUCUGCACCCCGUGCUCCUUGCAUGUCUCCCCAUCCCCGGGUGCAACUGGGUGUGAGUCUUCGUGGCGCCUUUCCAGCCGCCUUGCUAGGCCCGGCCGGUGAGCGGGGAGCCUCGCAGUUCCAUUAGUGCGUCCUGAGGCCGCGAGAGAUGAAGGCCACCCCCGCAGGGCUCUGAUCUCCGGCGCGCCCAAGUCCCCUGCCGCGUGCCCCUCACCAUGACCGGCUCCGCCGCGGACACUCAUCGCUGCCCCCACCCCAAAGGCGCCAAAGGCGCCCGGUCCCGGAGCAGCCACGCGCGGCCAGUAAGCCUCGCCACCAGCGGGGGCUCGGAGGAGGAGGACAAAGACGGCGGGGUGCUGUUCCACGUGAACAAGAGUGGCUUCCCGAUCGACAGCCACACCUGGGAGCGGAUGUGGCUGCAUGUUGCCAAGGUCCACCCCAAAGGGGGAGAGAUGGUGGGCGCCAUCAGAAACGCUGCCUUCCUGGCUAAGCCUUCAAUUCCCCAGGUCCCAAACUACAGGCUGUCCAUGACGAUCCCAGACUGGCUCCAGGCCAUCCAGAAUUACAUGAAGACUCUACAAUACAAUCAUACAGGGACCCAGUUCUUUGAAAUCAGGAAAAUGAGACCUCUGAGCGGGUUAAUGGAAACAGCGAAAGAGAUGACCCGAGAAUCCUUGCCUAUCAAAUGCCUUGAGGCAGUCAUUCUGGGCAUAUAUUUAACCAAUGGUCAGCCUUCCAUCGAGCGGUUCCCCAUCAGCUUUAAAACCUAUUUCUCAGGAAACUACUUUCACCAUGUCGUGCUGGGGAUUUAUUGCAACGGUUACUAUGGCUCACUGGGCAUGAGCCGAAGGGCUGAGCUGAUGGACAAGCCGCUGACCUUUCGGACUCUGAGUGACCUUGUCUUCGACUUUGAAGACUCCUACAAAAAAUACCUGCACACAGUCAAGAAGGUCAAAAUCGGGCUGUACGUCCCCCAUGAGCCUCACAGCUUCCAACCCAUUGAGUGGAAGCAGCUGGUCCUCAAUGUCUCAAAGAUGCUGAGGGCUGACAUAAGGAAGGAGCUGGAGAAGUACGCCCGGGACAUGCGGAUGAAGAUCUUGAAACCUGCAAGUGCCCACUCUCCAACCCAAGUGAGAAGCCGAGGAAAAUCCCUGUCUCCCCGAAGGAGGCAAGCAAGCCCCCCAAGGAGGCUUGGCAGGCGAGACAAGUCUGUUGGGAGCGCCAGGAGAACCAAGGCGAGGACUCAUGGCCCAGUGGCAAAAGGAAUUGAAGAGAACCACACUAACUUUGGAGACAAGGUGGAAAUAACCAGGAGGAAGAGCCAAGGCAAUCGUCCACGCUGGCGCCUUCACCUGCACCCAAGGAAGACAGCUGUUAGACAAUUACGGUUGCCUGCUCUCCCUGAGAAGAAGGUGGCUGACCUCAGCACUCUGAAUGAAGUGGGCUAUCAAAUCCGGAUCUAGCCAAGCCAGGCUGGCGAGGUUUCUAUGGUGCUCUUUUCUGCACAUUACCCAGCAGCUUCAGGAGGACCUGCAAGUAUUCACGAAGAACUUGUGGAGUUUUGAUUGUGAAGGACUUACCUGGAAACAGAAUCUGAGUGGGUGGAAAUGGUGAGCUUUGAAACUCUCUGGGCAGCGGGCAUGACUGGGCUGAUGUGACCGACAGGCCCCUGGGUUGACUGUCUUCCUCACUCAGGACCUCAAGGACAACACUGCAGUUUUCUAUUUUUCCACGUGCGACUCUUCCACUUGCUUUGGACAGUAUGCCUCGGCUGUAGUAAACGUCUGGAGUUCUCUCCCCUCUUUGUAACUCAGUCAGUGUUCCGGUCUUCUCAGCAAUAACAAGCAAAGGUGGUGGGUUUUUUUAAGCAGUUGAUAUUACCUCAGCAUUUUGGCAUCAGAGAUGCAAUCUUAAUGAGUUUUUA